CCUCUCCUCUCCUCUCCUCUCCUCUCCUCGCGCAGAGUGCGCAGUGGAUGCAGUCAUCAGCCUAGGUGGCCUAGGUCCUUGGUUGUCACUUCGGGUUAUGACAGCUGUUUCUGUUUAUGUGUUUGUUUAUAGCGAAGCGUAAGGUACACGGUUAUUCCCGUCGUGCCCCGUCGUGCAUGACACCAGCUUCAUUUUCAUAAUGACUGCCAUCCCCCAUUUGGAUCGCAAUGUAAAGGAGUAUCUAGAUAACGUUCCUCGGCUGAAAAUGGAUAAAAAUAAAUAUGUUUUGGAGUUGGUCGAGCUUCUUGAUUUAUAUUUACUGAACGUAAUGGAAGAAGAGGACCAUCUGUACAAGAUUCUGUGUGUACAGCCAGAACGUGUUUGUAAUGAUUACAACACAUUGAAAACUGUGUCACCUUUUAAUAUUCAGCUGAAUAUCUUGAUGUCCUUACCCUUCAAUCAUUCUGAUAUCCAGGUUGAAGAAGGUGAUGGGGGAUUUAUUAAACUGAAGUUGUCUUCAGCUUCAGAUGACAAAAUGCAGAUUUGUAGCAAGAUAUCGGUAGCUGCUUUCAAUCGUGGCAUCCAAAACAGCCUUUUGAGACAUGUAAAUACACUGUGGAGAGAUAAGGACAAUUAUUUUCAAAGCAUGGGAUUCUUAAAAUGGUUCUCAAGUGUUGUUGAUAAAAGUCUAGCACUUGCUGGUCCAAUCCCUAACUAUAAGAUAGUGAGGCUGCAAAAUAACUCUAGAGUUACACUCAGGAUUCAAGACGAGGGUCAAUGUACAGAAAUAUUUGUUCAUCUACUUCCUGUGUUUUCAUUACCAAUUAACAAGCUACCAGAAUCACUUUAUAGCAAGCUCCCCCAAGAUUCUUCCUGCAAUGAGUGGAUGGCAGAAUGUUGUUCGAAUGAAGUCUCAGAUCCUCAGCUCUGGGCCACAUCCUUUUGGCAACAUGAGAAAAAAGUAAUUAAAGAACACAACUUGAAACCUUUCAUACAAAUUCUGAAGGGUGUACGUGAUAUUCAUUGCGAGAAAACUAAGAAUGAAUGGAACCUAUUGACUAACAAUCACAUUCGGAACCUGGUAAUGAUUUCCCAUAAGCAGAAUCUAAUAAACUUUCAAAAUGUGAGCGAAGGAAAGAUCCUGUUGGAUCUGCUACUUAUACUUCGCAAUCAUUUAGUGAGUAGUGAAGGUCUGCCUUCCUUCUGGGAUGGGACACGCAAUCUUCUCUGUGGAAUGACUGGUUUUCAAAAAAGUUCUUUAGCCCGUUUGGUGACAAGAAGUAUGAAGGAUCUUCAAAAUCCAAACUCUCCAAAGUUUUUCGGGUUGGAAACUUAUGCACAUGCACCUGUACCUGCGUUAAAUACUUGGGUGGAGAGACCACCACAGCUACCAUCAGACUCAGCAUCAAGAAGAAAUGAACAAAUUUCAUCAAAUCCCCAAACAUGUUCUUUAGCCUCCCUCAAUGUUGAGCUCAGAAAUGAAAGAAGUCCGUCGGCAAAAACAGAACUAGUACAGAAGAAUGGCAACAAUAAUGGGAUGUGGUGGAUUGUUGCAGGGGUUGCUACUGUAGCUAUUGCAGCACUCGCUGGAUCAGCAAUACUUCCAAAAAGAAAGAAAAAUGAUGAUUAAGGUUCACCACCUUCCAAAUUAAUAAAGGCAGACCAGACCACUGUUAUAUGGUAAUUUAGGCAGUCACAACCAUUAAUUUUCAAGUUAGAACCAUAAUCCAAGUGGUCUUAGUUUAAUAUUUGUUUGUUGGUAGUGACUUAUUAUAGCUUAAUUAAGUUUUAUCUAAGCCAAUUAUGUAUAGCAUAUUUUUUAUUUGUUGUCAUGAACAGAUCACAGUUUCUGUCUUAUGUGUAUCUCUUAUUAUAAAUGAAGUAAUUGCCAACAUUACAUGUAAGGAUACAAAUAAAUGAAACCUAAAUCGUAAUAACAAAGAUAGAUACACUUUCUUACAUACGCACAUUCAAGCAGAUGUGUUUGUUUUAAUUUUUUGGAAAAUUGAUCUUGUAAGUUGCGAUUAUCUUAGCUACACCACAAAUGACAUAAGUUACUUUUCAGGACAAGAGUUGAUCAUCCAAUAUAUUACUUUAGAAAAUUGUGAUCAAUUGUGUCCAAAGGACAGAAAUGGAAAACAUUAACAACUGAUCAUGUUAAAUAUUAUCACUGCCAGUAAUAUGAGAAAUAGAGGCACCAUCAUAGAAGGUCCUAACAUGAUGCAGAAACAUCACUUACAUUUGAGUAAUGAGAAACGUACAAAACCGAAGAGAAGACAAUGUUGAUAUGGGAUAAAAAGAUGCAGAAUUUUUGCAAUGUGCGAUGAUACAUUAACAUAUAGGCUGUAGUCCUGGAGGUUAAGUCCUUCAGUGUCUUCAUUGGUUCUGAGAUAGAUGAGACAACAGUCAGAGACAAGACACACUUGAAGAAAUCAAACAGAAGGGCAUUUGAGUUAAUAAAUCUUCUUUACCUAAGGUCUAACUGUACAAGAGAAUGGACCGCUAUGCUAUACUGCAAAACAAUACAGAAUCAAUAUUGUGAAGGCUUUCAACACAAAUAAGUUUACGCAUAGAAAAGAGGUCUUGCAAGUUUAUCUUAGCCACUUCUGGGAUAUCUACUGAAAUACCCACCUGUGGGUUAAGGUGAUUUUGUAAGGAUGUAAAACUUCAUUGGCCAUUCCUAACUGCAUCCGUAUGUUGUCAACUGUCAAAGAACACCAAAUAAUUGUUAGACAUAUUUAAAGUAAAAAGAAACUUCUUUGAAAAUAUUUUCCUCAACUUGCUAAUCAACCUGCUUCUGUCUGCAUUGUCUCAGAUAAACUACUGUUUCGUUUCAGCGCCAUAAUUCAAGUACAGUCUUAAUCGGUACUUACUUCCCCACUGGUUUAAACUACUCUCCAACCCGUCAAAGCAAGAGUACUGGAGAAGCAUGUAUGCAUUUCAGACUGAAGUUUUCCACACUCCACAAAUAAAGAUAAAUGCUAAUGUGAAUAAUAGUGGAUGUGAGAAUAAAAUACCAAGAAAUACAUCUCACAUCAUGCAAUCAUGCUGUAACCCAUCCCAUAGCAAGAGUCGUCAAGGACACUUGCACUUGAUGCGAACUAUAAUUUAUUAAUAAUGAUAUGAGCUUAUGUUUAACAGUAAAACCCCCAAAAAGGAAUUAGCUUUGAAAAGACAAGACAAAUCUUGGCAGUUUGACAAGUUCAGUAGCAAACCGAGAUUUCUGUCAAAUCUUCCACAUCAAUUUUAGUGACUUCUGACUUCUUCUUGAUACAAAAGCCAUAAGCAUUCUGGUUUAUUCAUUCCAAAUGAACUAGUUCAGUGAGGAAGGACACAAGGCAUAGUGAGGAACACAGUUUCUUACUCCAGUAUUCUCUGUAUUUCUUGGAAUAAAACAUCAUACCUGGUGUUGAGAUAACUGACAUCUCCAGUCCAAAUAAAUAUGCAUCACAUAAGAACUAUCUAUACGGUUAAAAUGGUGUUUAAAGGGACAAUGACAAGGAAAAAAAAUAUCUAACAUUUACAACAGAAAAAUGGCAACCUACUCCUGGCCAUGGACUAAAAAAAAAAAAAAAUCAAGAGAAAUUCAAGGCUGCUGAUAACUCAAUGGUCCACAGUCAAAAAUUUAUGGAUGGAUUAAUAAUUCAUUCCUUCAAAAACUCUUUUCAAAUAUGUUUAAAAAAAAAAAAAAAAGAUGCAACAGUUAUAGGUAACGAGGCUAAAAAAAGUAACUAUUAAACCUUCCUUAU